CAAGGAGAAAACGAAAGAUACAGCGGACGAAACAAAUUUGCAGCUCGGAGUGGGAAAGUAUUGAGAAAGCGCUAGCGACCUGGUGAGACAUUUUUGAGGUUCGUACACUACCACACUAGCAAUCUUAGGUUUUUAUUCUUUCCGUUGCUACAAACGUACUGUUGCUGUUUUAAUUCCCGAUCGAGAAGAAUUAAGCUAGAGACUCGAGGUGGGUAUAGAACAUGCGCUGGGAUGUCGAAGCCGGAAGUAGUUUUUGCAAUUCCACUGUCAUUUUAAUUUCUUUCGGAUUGUUUCCGUUGCUGCAAAAUCCUCAUGCUUCUCGAGGUUCAUUUAUUGUCACACCUCAUGAGACCUGUUUUGGCAUGGUGGGAAAGUUGAAUUUUACGUAAUAUAUCAAACAUGACACGCAGUGUUUCAUCACCAGAUGAAACACCGAGAAGAGAGUUGAAAAUACGACGCGUAGCGGAGUAUUUUUGACGAACUUCGAGGUGUUUCAUCUGGUGAUGAAACACUGUGUCGAAUGUUUGAUAUUUCUUCUCAAACAAAAUCAUUUUUGAAGGAGAAAUUAAGGAUGCAAAAAUGAGCAGUUUUUCAUCCGAUAUCCAAACACUCAUUAAACAUUAAUUUCCUUUGAAUUUUCUUUAUGAAUUAUUAAUGAGUUUGAGAAAUACAGAUCAAAUCUCAAUGUUUCGAUUACAAAUAAUUUUUAACACUUUUUACUUUAAUUGUUACACUGCUGCAAAUGCCUCAAUAAGGAGUACAUUUUAAGAGAUUGCGAUGGCUAGGUAUUUAAGCAAAGACUGCGUAAUACUCUUCAUGGGAAAGGUCCUUAAACUGUUGAAUUGAACACAACUAAGAAAAAUGUUUUUUGCGUAUAAGGUAGAGUCAUUAACGAAGACCGGUGUCGGUUAUGGACUUUCUGUAGACAGUGAAGGUCAUCCAUGUUCCGUGAGGGAAAUUUGCCUGCUUUCAAUGAAUUAUACGUACAUAUACACAUUUGAAAGAGAUAUUAUGGUUCUCCAGUCGUUAUAAAAUCAUACCAGACGUACAAGCUUAUGCGGUCGGAUUGCUUUUUAACUCGUGGGCACGCGCGAGCGUAUCACGAGUUAUUGCAGGGACAGAGAUAUGCAAAUGAGUCACUCGCUCACUCGUAGUAGACGCACUUCGUAAUUAAUCGGGUCCGAACUCGAGAGCGCGAAGAUCUAUCGUUUCCAAAGAAGCACGCGCUCGCCGAAGUUCGGUAGCAUCAAAUUCCUCGCUGGGAGCGUGCAUCAUGCGCUACAGCACGGUUAGGAUAGAGGUCUUACCAAAUUUAAGACACGCAGGAAUCUUUCAAAUUAGUACGAUUCAAAAGCCUUUGACCCGUCCAGGCGUUAAACUUGACGAGAAGAUGAGCAUUUGCUCUUCGACUCCUUCAACUUCGACGCUGCCUUGAUCUGCUACCUUGUAGUAGUGUAGUAGGUUAUGUGUAAGAAUGAAUUUAUGGCGGUCAGUAUAAAACACGGACUACGGACUGCGGACUGGGUAUAAAAUACGGACUAUAAAAUACGAACUGGUGAAAUGUAAGGUAAAUAAAGGCACUUCUUCUUCUUCUUCUUCUUAAGGACUCCCCAAAAUCACGGGGGGAAAUGGAUGUGAGUUUGAGCAUUACCUUUAAAAUAACAGCGGAAAUCGAGAUAAGAAAACAUAAGCUAAUGUUUUGCGUCCUACUUCGCGGAGGAGUUGUGUCGGCUUUGUAUCGCAUAUAUUCUUUCAUUGCCAUGAAAUGCGUUUCCAUUGUUUUUUACUGUCAGUAGCCUGGUUUCAAUUAGCCUUAAUUUCAUCCGAUUGCUUCGAGUCGUUUUUUCAAUCGGUUAAAGGAACAGUAUCCCGUUACUGCGCAUGCACCAAACUUUGAUUUUUGGACAGGAUGUCGCGAAAUCAAAAGAUGCGAGGAGAGUAAGAGAAUCUUGAAAAAUCCGUUUGCAUCGCGCUUGGCCGGAUUCAAUACGACACUGAAACUUCUCAGGAUUAUAGAUCAAUGAUAUAUUGUUCCUGUGAAGUUUCGAUUUGGGCAAAAUCUGGAUUUUUUGGCGUUACUUUUAUUGCCGUUGGCCGGAGGACCAAAAGAUUGAAACCAUGUUGAUGCCGAUUGAAGGCUUAUUUCUUCUGCUAGCUUCCAUACAAGCUCAGAUAAUUGUGAAAGGAAUACGCAGAAAUGAAACAGCAACAAUAAAGACUGUAAGAAAGAAACCGUUGAGACAUUGAUGUGACUGAGGAGAUCUUGUGGAGGGGAGCUUCGUGAAGCAGAAUGUUUUGCAACAACGCGUUAGUAAACUUUUAAAUGAAUCUCCCUACGGCUGACAAAAUCGAACAAACAGGCGCUACAUGUUUUGAAAAACUAGUGACAUGAAAUCAUGAUAUCAUUUUUGACUAACCUUUGUGAUGAUUCAUAGCGUUGAGAUUGCAUUUUUAUUUAUGUCUUUCAAACGUUUGAGGCUAGAACGCGAGCAAAUCAGGCAGAUAUUACUGGACCUGGAGCUAUUGACCUCUGACACGAGUUUCAAAUUAGAAAAUAUGUUUUUAAAGCGAGCGGAACGAGAUUUUCGGGUCGCGAGGCGGCCCAGCUAGCGAUAAAAUCGCGAUGAGUCUUCGAACCGCGAGCCAAAUUUUUAUAUAAGACGAAAGACUUCUUCGAAAGUCCAAAAUAUUACUUGAGAAUAUAAACAACAAAUCUCUGUCGGCGGUGCGGUCCGGAAGGAAAUCUUGUCGAGUCAAUUUGACAGUUCUAUUGUCUUUUGAAGAAAAAACAGAUGACGCUCGCGCGUGCGCAUAAUCGGGACACUGUCCCUUUAAGUAUGGCUCGAUCGUUUGCCCCGGUCGUUUGCCGGCGGAAGUUCCAUGGAAAAGGAUUUAAACUUGAGACCUUUCACCGCAUCAUGCGACUAUCCUGCGUAGUGGCUAUGUGAGGUCGGGUCAACCCGAAGGUACCGGGUUCAAAUUCUGCCAAGGACCUUCUUUUUCCCUUCUUCCUCCUUUUUUUUUUUUUUGUUUUGUCUUGUUUGCUUAUUUGUUUUGCUGGAUUUUUUUUUUGUUUUUAAAUAUAUACUUAAAUAACUGUUACUAAAGUGCAAUAAACAGUAAGAAAAGUAUUGUGUUUCCAGAGCAACGAUAGUAUAUUUAUAAUCUGAAUUUCUAUCAUUUCCUAAAAUUCACUGUGAGAAAACCAGAGGUGAUAACUAAUUGAUUAUUUUCUAAACAACGUACCCACGAGUUGACGAUAGUCUUUCUUUGAUUGCAAAUUAUAUACCGUGACGUGUCCAAUUUACUAGAAGUAUUAGUUAGCUAGUUCAGUCUAAUAAAGCCCUUGCCACUGGCUACGCUUUUUGCCAUUUUAUCUAUUCUUCCUUCGGUCAUUCCUGAAUUAAUUUGUUUGUUUGCCUUUUUUUCUCAUGAUCUUGGCUUAAACAGUUGGCAGAAGUUGAUAUAGACCCUUGUCAAUAAUAAACUUUAAGAGCGUUCCUCAAGACUGAUUAUGCAAAUUUUGCGUUGCUAGUGAAUGGUCAGGUGUAAACUAAGGCAAACAACCAGAGCAACCCGUGAAAAUAAAAAAAAGGUGCAUAGAGUUAUCGCUUAGGAUCUACUUGCUGUACUGAACAGAAGUGUUACCAUGUUGUAUCAGUUUUGUAGAAGUCCUUAGGCUUCAUGUAUUUUAUAUUAUUAUACAUUGUGUUCAUUAUCUGUCUUCUCAUUGGCUAAGAGCCUACAGUUAAUUUUGGAAAGCAGCGCAACCCACAGAUUAGUUGGCAACAGGGCGUAAGGAGCUAGGGCGUUGAAAGGAGCGGGGUCGAGCGAUCUAGCUGUGAUGCAAGGGUCUGGGUACUACCAAAGAGACAAAACAAGAUGGCGGACAAUAUACUGGACCGUCAGAGAAGUAUCCAGCGAACGUUAGCCAUUAUCCUGCCGCAGUGGCAUUCGUUUGCUGCAAGCAAUAGCAAAGGAACAAAUUAUUUUUUCUCACGUUUGUUUUCUGCGUUGUUUAAUUUUCUUCCCCCGCGAACAAAUAUCUGUAUUGAAUAUAAUUUCCACUGCCGUGACCUGUAAACUUGACUUGCUAAUUAAAGAAAAUGGCAUUACAACCCAGAUGAUAGCACUGACAUCAUUUUUAUUUUAAUAUUAUCUGUUCCCCCCUGCAGUUUAAUAUCAAGUUGUGUAAUUCAUCAUCUGCUAUGCCAUUCAUUUUUUGUUGCCCAGUUUCAAGGCCAGAUGAUCUGUUUUCACUAUUAAAGUUUGGAUUUGUUGGUGUACAUUGGUAUUCUUGAAAUUCACUGCCCUUGGAAAACUAAACAAAGAGGUUGCAAGAACACAAAUACUUGAACUAGCUCAGCAAAUAUUUUUGUUUGACAAUAACAGUUUUUUGUAAUGAAAUGAUCACUGAAAACUACCCAUACAUCAUUUUACCGAAGGACAUUAGGAAACGGGACAACUAUUAUACUUUUAAGAAUCAGCUAAAGACUUAUUAUUUUAAACUUCCAUACAAUUUCUAAUUAAACAUAGGUGUAUAUUAAUUUUACUCUCUUUUUUAUCAAUUUUAAUAAAACAUAUAACAUUUCUUUUAGUUAUAAUUAUUGUAAGUAAUAGGCUAAGAACUAAAUAAUUAAGUUAGGGGUCAUUUACAGAUAUAUGUUUAAUUCGAUAAUUAAUUUUUUUUUUUGUUAGCUUUAAUAGUUUGUAAUGCGCAUUAGGUCAUUUGAUAUAUGUUAAUUUGCGCAAUACAUUUCCCUGACACAUGUACAACAUACAAAUUCCAAAGUAUAUCGCAAACAAGAAAUACAGAAUUAUGCACAAAUGAAAUGGAAAUGACCUGUAACAGCUAUUAAACCACUGAAAGACAAACUUGUCAGUGUGACCAGUAACUCUAGCACACUUGUAUAAUUCAUGUCCAGUAUGAUUCAAUUUUAUCCUUGGCUAAAUUUACUAACUGCAGCCAGGCUUAAUCAAACUUGAUUCAAAAAACACUUUCCUGUUUCCCUGUAACUACUUUAUAUGAUAUUAACAGAGAGGAAAUAUUGCUAGAAAUAUUGUAACCAUAAGUGAUAUAAAAAUGUAUACAGCAGUACAAUCAAAAGAUAAGGCACCUCUAGGAAAUCGAGUUGGUCCCUACUAUUCUUCAGUCCUUUUCUUUUACUCUCUAUAAGAGGUACACCUGUCCAUUAAUGCAGACAUUUUGUGCCAGUCCCAAUGGUGUCCAUCUGAGAGAAUUGACUGUAUAUAGUUUGUGCAACACCACGCGUAAGCCUCUGACGACAAAAAUAACAAAAAUACAAUGCUAUUCAGUCUUAAUUUAUUCUACUUGCAAUCAAACAAAGUGUUACGAUUUUUAGCAAAAUGGUCGCGUGACACAUCAUGUGACUGAUUAACACAGUAUUUACACUUUAAAAUGUUAACAAACGGGACGGUGAGUUCUUUCUUUAUGUGUGCCAAAUUCUGAUUCAGCACCAUCAUCUAUGCCGAAGUUAUAGCCAAUCAGUGAUUCAUUUUCCACAGGUAAACCCUUUAGUCCCGUCCCGGGCCUUAAACUACUUGAGCUAUUCUAAAUCAACAGGUGAAACAUGUAAACCUGUCACUUUCCAUGUAAGCUGAGCUGUUAUUUUUGCUGGCUCUUUUUCUCUCUUCAUUGUUCUUUUGUCACAUUUAGCUUUUUUAUAAGCCACUUCCGCAUUUCCCAUAAUGCACCUUAUUUGCCCUCCAAAAUUUUGCGUAAGCGUUGUUUUCAGUUUCUCUUGGCACGGCUGUAAUACCCAGGAGAAAUGAAAAACAAAGGUUAUGCAUGAUUUUGGGGAGCAAAUAAGAAACAUUAUGGGAAAUGUGGAAGUGGCGUAUUGAAAUAGUUGUAAUUAGCAUAUUCAAAUUGUAACUUCUUCUACAACUUAAGAUAUUCAAAUUGUGACGAGCUUCUACAACUGAAGAUGGCAUAAGUUUGCCGAAACAUGUCUUGUAAAUUGAAAACUGUUGUGUUAUUUGUUCAAAUCGUAACUUUGUAUUACUUUUUCUACUUCUUUAGCUUUUCCUUUUGUUCCUUUUGUUUUGCCUUGUGUUUUUGUAUUUCUACCAAACGUUCACUACGAGUGGUGAUUGGCAAUUUUAUCUUCAAAUAUAUUAUUAUAAGAUACUGAGUUCUUUAAGCAUAGCCAAAAAAUCGUUUUUCUGUUGACGGUUUCGAGGUGCUUCAUUCCCGGGCUUCCCUUCCCUGACACAGGUAAUUUUUGCGCGCCUAGUCAGAGUGUUGUUGGUACUAGUGUGUUUGUGUUUAAGGUAUUGUCCUUUGUUUGUGCGGCGUCUUCUCUGACAUCUAUCACCUCUUUACAUUGCUUCACAUAUAAAAUACAGUAAAAUUCCGAAAAUAAGCCCCUCCAUGUAUAAGCCCCUCCAAAUAUAAGCCCCCCAAAGCGGUAACGCAAAAAACCCUCCGUUAAAUCGCCCCUCCAAAUAUAAGCCCCCGGGGGCUUGUACUUGGAAAAUUGACCUCAAAUACAAAGUAAAACAAAGCAAAAACGGUAAAUUUACUUCCAACUGUAAGACUAGCCCAAUCGAUUUUGAAACGCAAAUUUCCCUCUGUAGAUAAGCCCCUCCGAAUAUAAGCCCCUCCAAAAAUAAGCCCCUCAAAAAGGGCCUUUGAAAAAUUAAGCCCCAGGGCUUAUUUUCGGAAUUUUACGGUACCAGGUGUUCGGUUGCAUCGAAGAACACUUUCGUUUCUAUCCAAUUUCCAGCUUCCGAAACUUCACAAUCACUGAUCUUCUUUUUUUUGUAAUCUUAAUAUUCUUUGUACCAUUCUCUUAUAAAUGUUCUGGUUCAACUUUAUCCUUGGUCAAAUUUCAUUUUAUUUUGUGUUUGGAUAUGUUAUAUAUGACAAAGGAAAAUAAAAUUUAAACCACAACAUUUACACGCUGUAUCAGCUGCUGUGUCCGCUUUAGCCCAAGACCAAGCUCUCGUGUUUACGGUUUCGCGCCAGUUUCAUGUGGGCAUUUGCGCAAGGAUUUAUACCGGCUUAACAAGAGCUAGAGCCUAUUAGCAGGCUACUUUCCCUGUCUCAAAAUUCUAGAUGCUUUUGAUAACAGACCUGUUUCUUUCUUAUUUAAUUUGGUUUUAUUUUGCCUUCAUAAUUUACCGAAAGAUCAGAUUUCAACCCCAACUAUGUCAUCUAAAGUGGCUCUAAGGGUUUCUUAUGAAGAUGAUGAAAAUCAAGAGACCUUCAUCUACUCAGGACAAACAGUUGUGACUCCUUGUAAAGGUAAACUCUGAAAUUGAUAUUCAAGAGGAGAAUAUUUAAUUUGCUAGUUAAAAUUUAUCGACUAUCAAAGGAUGUGUUUAUUGACCCCUGACAGAAUAAAUAAGAUAAAUAACGUGGAAAAUACAGGAAUGAGUAUGAGUUUGGAAAUACUCAUAAUUUAGUACGUAUAGUUUAAAACGUCUAUUCCAUCUUGAAAAUUUGAGUAAUAGCAAGAGAUAGGUAUUAGUCAUUUUAGCCUGCGAACCGGCUCCAAAGUGGAGACGGGCGCGGCGAAAAAGAAAAUCGGCGAGCGAAGCGAGACGAGCAUGGCCGGCGGCGGGGCGCAAAAAAAGGCGGGGAGCUUGUAGACUUUCUUUUGAUGACGCCCAUUCAUAAAAGCAGAUUCUGGCAUCAUGAUCUGAUUGGUCUGAUCGCUAACUGUUGACAAGUGGGCGAAGAAUAUUGGCACAUGUUACAAAUUUGCAUCCGCGCAUGUACGCACGAAGGUUAUUGAAGCCAAUACAUACAUCAUAAUUUGAUUAAUUGACAUGUUAUUGACAUAUAUGUAUGUAAUACAGGAAAAGAGCAAGUGGGCAGAUGGGAAUGGGCGGCAUCAAAACAAAGUCUACAGACUCCCUGAGCUUUUUUCUCCCACAGGCCACGCUCGUCUUGCUUCACUGGCGGAUUUCCUUUUUGUGCUCCGCUCCAAUUUGGAGCCUCUUCGCAGUGUUCGCAGGCUAUCGUUAAUCUUUACUUCUUAAGACUACUUUGGAUUUUGGAUUUUGCAGAUCAUCCGUCCACUGCAUGGACUCUUUCAGGAACACCCUUCCAAUUUACUGUGAGUAGCCUGUGUGCUAUUUUAAUCAUCACAAACCUUUAACACUUAAUCAAUCUGUUUCCGUAUGGUUCGCUUAUAGUAUCUGAAAAAAAACCUUUUCUUAAUUCAGGAUAACAACAACAAUGCAUUUAUUAACAGAACUUUAGGGUCGGUUAUUUAAACGAGGUCUACCUUAGACUGCGGUUUAGCAGGUUUAGCAAAUCUUUGGACCGUCCGAUCUCUUUCGUAGUGGGUUAUUUUAAGAAGAUAAAUGCUUUCCUAGUCUACGCUAAAGUAUAUGCUUUCAUGCAAGUGUUCACGAUAAGUGGUGUUUACAUAAAAGCGUUCGGCAACUGGAAAAUUACUUAGAACGUGGUUUUGUUAAACACUGGCUAAACUCCGUUUUUAAAUAACUUGCCCAGAAAGUUUACUUUACUUUAUGCCUCGCAAAUAGCUUUUACGCUAAUAUAGGCAGGACAAAACUUUAAAUAAAGGUGAUAUAAAAUUCCAUACAAUAACAUACAGAAGGAAACACCUUACUUGUGAAUUUAAAUUCCUCUCUGUCCCAUUAUGAUCUAUUGGGGAGCGAGAUGAGAUAAGUGGCUAAUAUAGUUCUACAUUUUGCAUUGGUCUAUUUGCUUGAGUUUCUCAAAACAACCUUCCGACAGCUAUUUUACAAUCAUCAUCACUUUUACUACACUCACAGCACAGGGGUGCUAUUUAAACAUGUCUUUAAAUGUGGUGAAUGCUUAGGGUUUGUACUUCUUGCAAUAAUAAAUUAUAGAACAUUGUCGAGAGUGCAAAAUAGGCAUAAAUUUGAGGUCUUCAUCAUUCUGACACGCUGACGUCCUUGCGUUUGCAAAGGAAGGUAAGCCGGCUUAGCUGGCGGUUUGUUUGGCGAGAGGUUCCCGGUUGUCUCAGCCCUAUUCUUCUCGAGGCUUCACGCGCUUUUUCGCAGCUUUUUUCCCCUUUCGCCAAACAAACCGCCAGCUGCGCAGCCUAGCAAAAGUUGUCGUGAGAACUUAACCCUUUGACGACUGCUUUGGUCGUUUGUGUUCAAUAUGGAACGGUGCAUAUUUUCCUUCCCUGACCAACAAGCUAUAAAGUUGGUAAACAGACUAAACAGAAAAUUCAUUUGAGGAUUUGAGAAUUAUUGAAAGUUCUAUCUAAACCUGUCAGUGUUACACCCAGAAAAUCAAAUAUUCUACUACCUGUUUCACAGGUCAAGUAAAAUCACUCUAAGAUUUACGACGAUAUUGUUACUACUGUUUGUAAGGCUUUUGACACCAUAACAAAAGGUACCUAUGACAGAAUCACCAAUGGGUUGAUAGCCACUUAAACAAUCUACUUUUUUAAAUUCCCUCUCCUAAUCGUUCUCCUCUUUUUUCGAUCUUUCUCGUUGUCUACAUCUCGAAUAUAUAUUAUAAUGUUGCUAUAAAUUUCUUUGGUUUUCAAUGUAUUAUUGCUGUUAAUCAGAUUAUCAUUGAAAAAACCCGUACAGUGGCAUGGUUAAAUGUCUAAAACGUUUGAAUGUUUUGAAUUUUGUUCCUUUGAAGGCCACAGAAAAGCCUCUGGAGAAUGAUCUGGGACGUAAAGAACGAUUUCAAACUAUAAGUGUUAUGAGUGUAUAUUCUGUCAAGAGCAUUGAGGUAAUUAUAUUUUUUAUUUAUUUACUUUACUAGUGACUUCUGUUUCUUGAUGGCCUUUCUCGUGGACGCAUUUAGGGUUUGAUUUCCUUUUAAACGCCACCAGCCCAUAACCCGGAGCCGGCGAACAACGCCCUUGUGCUCGUGCAACGGCGUUUUUCCCGCGAAUUUUGAAUAUCAAAUAAGCCUAACACAAAAUCCGCAAAAACCGGAGACUAGAAGAUAGUUUUUCUGAUGUUUUGCCUGCAUUUACUUUUUCUUUUUGUUAUUAUAGUACUAUUCUCUUGGGAAAAAGUACAAACUGCAAAAUUGCAGGAUACCUAUAUACCCAGCCAAGAGCCGAGUCAGGACUCGACAAAUUUUCGAAAUUCCCGCCAUAUUCACCUCCUGCAAGUCACAUGGCCAUUAGAGAAGGGCUUUCGUGGCAAUCAUGGGAGUAAAGCUCGCUGUUAAGGUUAGGGUUAGAGGUUAGGGGUAGGGUUGGGGUUAGGAGUCCUGGAUCGAAGUCCUAGCUUUGAUGUUAGUAUAUCUCGCAAAAUGAUGCUUAUAAAAGAUUAACUGAUCAGGUGGAAACGCCGUUGAAAAAGUACGCACAGGUUGCACGCUCCGGGUUAUGGACUGGCGCCACAAUAUUUAAACAAAUGAUUCAAUGACCAUUUUAUCCUGUCCUUCUCUUUUGUAGGAGUUGCGUUUUGAAGACCACAAGAAUGAAGAAGAUCGAGAGGGGACACAAUCUUCCACUCUCAAUCAGAGAGCAACGUCAUCUUCUUUUUCUCCUUCAUCAACGACUUAUAUGCCUACAAGCCCUACGUUUAAUCUCCGUCCUUCAUAUUCAAAUGGUAGGUAUAAGGUAACUGUUAAUUACUUUAAAAUAGAUCUUUUAUUUUUCUUGCUCACUAUAACAGUUUGACAUAUGGCUCCCUUUCAAGUUCCAUCCAAACUUUUCAGCAACUUUUUGUUUGAAAUUACAAGUAGCUUUAUUCAAAUUAACUUGAAAGCUUCGUAUUUGCUUUACCGAUUUCUUUUCUUUUAACUUUUCCUUUUUAUGUAGCUUUUACGUUCAAAAAGGCGCCGGACAAAUCUAAUCGCCAACAAAAGUCUUCAGGUUAGUUCUCUUCAAAGGCCACUAAGCUUGUUUAUGAAUAAUACUUGUACAUGCAAGUGCUUACAUAAAUAGAAAGCAAAACGUUGUUUGCUUGUUCAUUUCUUUGCAUCCCAGUCGUUUUUCUUCCUGUUUGUCUGACCAAACCAUUGAAUCAGGUUCAAGUAAGACGUUUGCAGAUCAGGUUUUCCAUUCUAAGAAUUAAUCCAAACAAGAGACAGAGGGUGUCGAUAAAACCGGGAACACGGAACACGCCGGAACAUCUCGAAACAUGAAAAAAAAAAUGGAUUAAAAUAAUUUUUUGUAAAAAUUAAUAAUAACAAAAUAACAUAAAAUAACGUGAAAACUAAAAAGAAAGAAAGAAAGAAAAAGAUACUGAUAUCAUCUCCGAGUAUGAGAAAUUGUCGCAGUUAAUUUGUUGGGCGAGUGAGGGCCCAAGCCUGAAUGACAGUAAUAAGUGAAGGCUCGCCUCGAAAUUCAAAAUUUAUUAAAAUUGGACUUGCGGAGGGGGUUUUAGUCAAGUUUCCUCACACAGCCACCUCUUGUAAUUGUUUCAGUGCCAUGCAGUUAAUCAUUUGACGCGUACAGUUAUCAUUUAGGGCUUUCCAACCCUAAGAACAGAUUAGGCCGGCUCUUGGCUUUGGGCUUUAAGUGGACAAGAUUCACAUUGGCAGUGAAUAGUUUCAGUGGUAGUGGUAGCGCAGUAGAAGAUCCUUACUGUUAUCAGUUAUUUGAAUUUCAGCCGUCUCCCGGAGUCGCAUAUGAAGUUUGCGACUCGAGGAGAUGGCUGAAAUUCAAGCUAGUUCACAAUCCCCUAUUUUCUUCCGCCUAGUUGAAGAUGGCGAUCGCCGCUGUGAAAGUGAUUUGGGCAUCCCCGUACCCAAAUCAUUAGUAAUAUGGGUAUCCCUACCGUUAGGGAUACCCAAAACAAUGAUCCUGCUUCUGUCGACAAAACUGGUGAGAACGAAGUUAUUUGAGAGAUAACAUUUGCAAUCUGUUUAAUCCGAAUGCUUUGCUAACGUGUUCGUUGCUUUGAAUUUUGUGAUGUUACUGGACUUUAGUGGACAAUAUUUCAUUUUGAAAACAGUAAUGCGUAGCUAUUCUCGGCGACUAAACUUUCUAGAAUUAAAUCCUUAUGUUGAUUUGCGUCAGAUAACAAAGUUGACUAUUCAUCCCACAUAAUUACAAAAAAAAAAACCUCGAGUUCCGCAAAAUAAGAUACCGUAAAAUUCCGAAAAUAAGCCCAGGGGCUUAUACUUUUCAAAGGCCCUUUCUGAGGGGCUUAUUUUUGGAGGGGCCUAUAUUCGGAGGGGCUUAUGUACGGAGGGAAAUUUGCGUUUCAAAAUCGAUUGGGCUAGCUUGUAGUGGAAAGGAAAUUUACCAUUUUUACUUUGUUUUACUUUGUAUUCAAGGGCAAAUUCCAAGUACAAGCCCUCCGGGGGGCUUAUAUUCGGAGGGGCGAUUUAACGGAGGGUUUUUUGCGUUACGAUUUUAGGGGGCUUAUAUUUGGAGGGGCUUAUACAUGGAGGGGCUUAUUUUCGGAAUUUUACGGUAGUGACCUAAUAAUGGAACUAGAACUUUUAUUGGGAGGGGCUGUUGUGAUUCCCGUGAUCAUGGAGAUCCAUAGAGACUUCUCGGCUUGUUUCAGUCACUGACACGACGGUGCAAAAUGGUGUUUACAAAAAUAACAAGUCUCAUAAGCAAACUUUCAAGUCAUGUGUCUUCGAUAAAUUUAUAGGCUUGGGCUCGAAAUAUAGUGUUGUGAAGUAUUUUGAAAGUUAUUUUAAAGACGGAUUUACCUUGUCUUUUAAGUUUAGUUUUUGUUUCAUUAAGUCUUGUUUUUGUCCACGUACUGUUUUCCUGUUUUGACCGUUUGUUUUUACUUGUAUUUGAAGUUAUGCUUAGCUCGCGAAUUUACUUAUUGCCAUAUUUUUUUAUAUUAGGAAUGUUACAGGUGGUCGUGUUUGUGGUAUUAGGGCUGACCUUCGUUAUUUGGUACUUAUCAGUUGCGACUGUGCGUAGGCUAGUCUAUUCCCUGACAAUAGCAAAACUGUUACAAUGUUAGCGAUAAGAUUAUACAAUGGAAAGUCCUCCGGUCAGCUAACCCAAACAUGUCCAGCUUUGGCUAUUAAAACCGCUACUAUACUUGAACUAGUUAAUAGAUGUAGGAGAAGUAGAGUAGAAGUAGAGUAAGUAGAAGUUGUAAGAAGAUUAAGAAGAAUAAAGGCCAAGAUGUAAAUCAGAUUCCUGGUACCUCGUCGUGUAGCGAGCGAGUUGCUCGAACACGCCCCCACAAUAGGGAGGGAACAGCGUUUCAGCACACAGAGUGAACAAUAUACCAGUUUCUUUUUCUUUCUUUCUUUCUCUCUCUCUCUCUUUUUUUUUUGUUUUUAUGUCAGAAUUUCUUACACAAAUUAUUUUAUUAUUAUUACUAUUUUAUUCAUAUAUUUAUUUUUUCAUUAAAAUUACUUUAAUUUUUUCAUGUUCCGGAAGGUUCCGUGUUCCGGGUUUUCUCGACGGCCAGAGACAGAUAACUUAUGUGAAAAUGUAAUUCAACUUUAACUUAACUUUUUUUAAAUCAAGAAGAUAACGGACGGUUCUUUUAUCCCUGACAGGUCAAAACAGUUCGUUUGAAUGUAACGACUGGGUAACAACUGGUAUUGAAGUGCAGGUCAAGGAUUCAAAGGUGAACUCUUACUAUACUGUUAAGGUGGUAUAUGGGACGGUAUACCAUAAUGUCUUAUGGUUUGAGAGUACAAAUGCGUGUUAGUGUUUUACUUAUUUCCUUAGGAUUGUAUAUUGUUGCUGAGAGAGCAGCGACAAGGCAACAUACCGGCCUUUUGGUUGCAUUUUCUCUCUUUUUAAAUUUUGUCAUUUCUCCUUUCCAUAUUUAUUUCAAUAUUUAGUAUUCGCGUCGAAGAAAAACUCUUUUAAAACAAUAAAGAUCAGUGUAGCAAGAAUAGAAUCUGUAAGGCACCUAUUUCAAAGCUGUGAACAUUGUCAAACCGUUCCAGCUAAACAAGCUCCAGAUCUUUCUUUUACUGAAUACAGUACUCAUAGACUUUACGAGUUAUAAGGUAUACUGGCCACCGCUGGGGGAGAUAGUAGAGAAGCUAAUAAACGUUUCAAGCGCUAACCCUUAGUCAAAGUGAAUGAGUUUGAAAUUAAAGAAGAAGUUGAUUAAAACAGCGUCAAUGUGCUUGGUAUUUAUUGAUUGAAUCCAUAUAUAUUUUUCUUUCAAAUUUAAAUCAAUCAUUUUUGCCACAACCUCAUCAGGCAAACAACUAUCACGCCAAUCGACGUAUUAAAAAUUGAUACUUGGCUUCGAGGCUCAGUUGGUGGGAAUAACACAAAAGAAAUGUAGUAGUAUUCAUUACUGAGCAGCAAGAUGAUUUCUUUUGGUUCCUUAUCUAGAACACACGUCACCUGAAAGGUAAAAAGGGUGCUGUCCAAUCAGUGUCUGGAAACAAGUGCAGCGUAUAUUUAUACGAUGCCAUGUAUGAAAUGAGCAUCUCUGUUACUAACCUGAAACCAGAAGAACCAAGAAAACAUGAUAAGGUGCAACAAACGUUAUUACUUAAUGUCUUAUGUUGUUUUAUUGUUCACUACAUAUAGCAUUAACAUGUCGUACAUGAUUUAACUCUCUUCUUCAACUGCACCAGUCUUCACAUGUUGCUUAACUUACUUCACUUUACGUUAUCUAACCACUUAUACCAUACCCUUCUGAUAAAUUAAUGAUUGAAUUGAAACUGCUUCUUCUAUGGAUAAAAAAGCUUUGGCAAGCAAAAGUCUGGAAAAAAAUGUACUGUUUUCCACAAUACAAAGAACAACCAACUACUUGACAGUGCGGGUAACUCCUGACAUUUUGUUCAGUUGUGUCAGAAUUCUAAAAGAAAGACUAGGAGAAAAACUUCGUAAUCGCAAGAUCACCGUGUGACACGAAAUUUCCAUUGCACGUACUCAAUAAAAACGAAAAUACUAUCAAUAAGUUGUCCGGGACUUCCUGAAAAAACGCAAAAAUUAAUUCCCAGCAAAAAAAAAAACCAAUCUGUCCUAAUCGCAAAAAUUAGUUUCCUCAAAUUACAAAAAAUCGCCAAUCCGCAAGAAUUAACUCCGGCAAAAAUUUCGUGCCACAUGGUAUAUAUACAGAAUCAAUUAUUCAAUAACCUGUUGGUAAGAGUUAUAGGAUUGAUUACCUCGUGGCCAGUGGGUCCGGGAGAGCGGGCGGAAAUCGAGCCUACAUGAGCCAAGGUAAGAGGUUGCUGUUGCGGGCUUCAAUAUUUCCAUAAAAAAUGAAAAAAAGAGAAACUCAGUUUCGGUGGAUUUAUUUGCAUCAUACACGUUUGUCGCAUUUUUAACGCAUACCCUGUUUUGUAUAAACGCAUUACUAACUCCCAAAAACUACCCGUACGACAUCAUCAUGGUGAGCGAAACAAGCAACAGUUAGAGGUCUUAGAGUUGUUUAUCCUCGUACUGUAGCGUGAUGUGGUUAUUAAACUAUAUUGGUAAAAAUAUCUACAUAAUGAAACGUACGUAGUGCAAGAACAUGUACUUAUUUGCGUUGCUGAUUUGGUUUGAUAAACUCGUAUAGCGUAAACGAGAAAUUAACGGUGCUUUGGUUGAUCGCAUUCGGUGACAAGAAAAUCAGUGACUCGCAGGAUGAGCAAUUGGCUGUAGACAACAGUCGGCCAUUUAUCAAAUACAAAUUUGAUAAAUUUUUGGUCAUCAAGGUCCUAAAAUAUACCAUAAGCAAACGUCGCCUUCAAAACCAAUUGUGUUCAAUACGUCAGUGAAUACGUUCACAGCAGUCUUUCGACAUUCCUCAUCAAAAAAGUGAGGCCUCCACAAGGCUUCAAUAUUGGACGACAGGGUUUUCUAAUCACGACAACAUCAAAAUAGUCUCCAUGACCCUGAAAUUACCGUUACAGUGCCAAUACCUGAUAUGUUCACACGACAAAAGGAAUCUGGUUCAGGCCUGAAUAAUUUCACUGAUUAAAAGCCAAUUUCCUAAUGAAGAAUGAUUCAGUUGAGUUUGUAUUUCGGAAGAAAAUUUGUUACUUUUCCAGUCAAUAUCUUCGUUAGUUAAUAUCAACGGAACGUUCAAUGAAGUGUUUUAUUUCAAUAGAUUGCUUUAGCUUUUAUGUUUUGUUUUGCCAAUGAAGGUCUUAGAAAAAUUUGCCCCUUUGUCUUCUCAUAAAUUAUGCUUACAUAUGCUCAUGAAGAAGACGAAAUUUAAAAGAAACAGUUCUCUAGUGUAUUGUCACUCGGCCUACGUUAGGAAAACAAAACAUACAAGCUAAUCUUUUCGUUAUGUACAUAUUAUAUCCACAUUAGUUAUCGUAUUGUUUCUUUCAGGUUAAGAUAAUCCGUGGUAUAAACCGCUUCUCAAUGACUGGAACUUUGAUAAAUGUCGAUGAUCCUGAUGGAAUUCUUAAGUUGGACAAUACUGGCGAAGUCGUGAUAGUGCCAGUGAAAAAUCUUGCGAAACUAGGUGACUACUCAUGUCUGUGAUUAACAUUUUUUUGAGGAAAGGGUUCUUUUUGCCAAACGGUCAUUUUGAACGAUAGUGUUUACGGGAAAAGGGGGUCAUAAAUUUCGGAUGGACGGGAGCGACAACCAGAAAUAUGACUGCGUCUUAGGCUACGGAGAGUAGGCAAGAGUAGAGAAUAAAUUUCAAUAUUUCAAAGUUGUGAACAUUGUCAAGCCGUUUCCAGCCUCUUAUUUUAAACAAGCUCCGGGCCUUUUUUUAAUACAGUACUCAUAGACUUGGCGGUACCGGAACCAUGCUCGGACGACCGGGCUUCCUUAAGCCGUCCCUUAAGAAAGGGCAAAAGAGUCAGACUUUUCAAGAUUAGUCAUUUCACACAAACUCGUAUCAUCAUUAAUAAGCUUUUUUUUGCUUUAAUUUCCAUGAACCAGGUCAGUAUACCAUCAAUAUUACAUAUAUGACAGUAGCGCUAGUAAAAAUCAAAGAUUUUGUUUUAUCAAGUGAGUUUAUAAGGUACAUUAGCCACCGUAGGGAGAUAGUAAAGAAGCCUGUUUAGUUGUUUAAACUCACUUAUGGUUAACUUUCGUGAUAAGUAGUGAACUGAUGAUCUCGUAAUCAGCAGUUAGCAUUUUACACUGUUUUAUCCAUAUAUGUAUUAAGUGUUUUCUUUUUUCGUUUUGUUAAUCCACUGUUGUUACUGUUUCUCUUUUAAGGCUUGAGUCCAGGUCGCCCUAGGCCGAUUAACGUCCCAGACAUUAAAAGGCCGAUUGACGUCCCAGGCCUUAAAGCAAGUACUUCUCAGGCAGAUUUUGCACAGCCGGGUUUGUCUAGAUUCACUUAUAAAGCCAAUUAACAAGUUUAUCCCAUGAUUAUGAAUUUCUUCAGCCAUAAGUAAAUGAACCAAUGCUCUGGAAAUAAGAAGUUAACAUUUCAUCUUGUUUUAUCUAUAUAUUAACUUUCCAUUUUGCGUUUUAUCGAUCCACCGUUGCUAUUGAUGUUUCUUUCAGGCAUUAAAGAAACAACUCAGGCAACAUUUGCACCUAAUUUUUCUCAAAUUACUCCUGAGCAAAGUAAGUUGGAUAUGUAAGAAAGAAAAGCCUGAAAGUUAGUGUCGUUGAAUAUUUAUCUAAGUUGGUCCUCCAACAACCAGCUUCGGACAGGCAUCUCUGUCAGGUCUUUGCUGUUUAUUUAAUCUCAGUACUUUUAAUGGUAGAGCUUCGUUAUCUUUUCUUUGCGAGACUUACUUUUGCAGUCAUUGGACGUAGAGUCUUGCCGCUUUUACAACCAAGUGUUUUCCUAGCUUGUUAUGUCAGUAAUGUAGGUGCAGGCGUGCAUGUUUUUCGUCUUUCUCGAGGUGGCAUGGAAUGAGAUAUUAUUAAGUGCUAUUUUUUAUGUUAUGUAAUUAACCAUCUUGGCAGGCUUUUCAGAGAUUGAUGGAGUCGUCGUGGUUAUUUUUUUAUUGCCUGACUGAAAAAGACGACGUAUUUGGAGAUAGCAAAGUUAUACUUGUGUCUGAAUGUAUUUUACCACAGUUUAUCAGAGGGUAUCAUCUGUUUUUGUUAUGGUUAGAAGGUAACAUACAUUAACUUUGUCUGCAUGGUUCUUUCUAUCAGUGUCUUUGGAUCUUUCUGAAAUGUCAGCUUCGGGGCCAUCAACUUGGAAACGCGAUUUCGCCUUCACACCAGUCAUCGAUUUUACUUCGGAGUCUGAUCCUAAUCUAGGUUUUACUUCACCGCAGCCACAAGGUGCCGACGAGAAGCCACUAUCAGAAAUGUCUGUUUCAGAAGCACAGGAACUUAAGGAUGCGCUUCUAGAGAGUAUUGCAAAGUGUAUGCAGAUUCAGAGCUCUCUCUACAGGCUUGUGUUAGUUAAGUUACGUGCUCGAGUUAAAGAUGCAGGUGAGAACGCUACUCUUCAUUUUGAAAGCAGAGAAUUACAGCUAAAUAAAGCAUCAAGUGUCAGCGUCACUGAAAUGAAUGUGAAAGAUUCUCCUGACCCUUCGAUCUUUAACAAUCCGGAUGUUGAAGAAGGCUUUGACGUGAGUCUGAAUGAUACUACAAAAACACCUAAAAUGAAGAGUCUGGACGAUAGUGAUAAAAGUGCCGGUAAGGAGGAGGUAGAGAUGACGACUAAGAUUCUCAGUAAGGGAAAUCUAGAGGACACUCCAGGAAGUUUGCCUGAGGCACCCAACUUAGGAAUUUUGGAGGAUAAUUAUCCUUCUUUAAACACAGGGCGAACAGAACAGCAUUCUAACACUGCUCCAGGUAGUUUCUCAAGUUUGGAUGACACAGGAGCGACUCUAAAUGAUACUCCCGAUGCUACUUUAGAGAACCAAAAAGGAAGUCAUAAGUAUGCAUUUGAAACUCUACUGAACGAGCUUACACAGCCCUUGCAGGCCUUGAAUCGCUGUACACUGAUUCAGAGAGAUCUUUUUCAGAAAUUGAUCAUGAUAGUGAACGCGUUUACCAGUAACGAUGGAGCUGCUUUAUCAGGUAUGCGUUAGCAUGAUCGACUGUAAAAUUAAAGAAGAUCGAUUUCUUUUACGCCGUAGAUUAUUUUAGCAAACAGUGGUGAAUUAUUGGCAAUUUAUUGGCAAUUUAAUCCGCUUUUUCUUUACAUCUUUCUAAAGAUUUGUAUACUGAGGGACAAGUUAACAUGGUCUCAGUUCAGUCCAAGCUUGAAUACAUUGCAUUUAAAAAGAAAAUGGAAUGCAGCUAUGCUCAAAAUCCCUAUACCAAUCACCAGCUACGACAGGCGACUAGCGAAGACGUUGUGAAACCAAAGAAUUCGGUCAACAUGGGUACAAAUGGUGAUGAUGCGGAUAAUGUACGUGAGCUCCCUCAUGGACGCGGAAAACUGAAAACUGUAAGGGGGGAGGUAGUGUACAAUGGAGAAUGGUGCAAAGGUAAAUAAAGUCUUUCGGCCCGAGUUUCAGGAAAUCAAGCAACACCUUUUCGCUUUCUUGAUAUUAAAAUGAAUGGUCCUUUAAGAAACUGAUGGUGUUUUUCCAAAGAAUUUCAGUGUUUCAUACGUUUCAUGUAAUAUUUAUUCAUCUGUAUUUCAAUGUUUUCUUUUCUGUCAAUUAAGGCAAGAGACAUGGAAAGGGUGAAUGCUUAAUUCUUAGCUUACCUGGAAUCAACAGCGAUGUUGUUGAGCAUGGAUUUUAUUCUGGUGGAUGGAAAAAUAACAUGAGGUAAUAGUAGGUUAUUUUCAAGAAAACGAACAACAGCUUUUCUGGCUUUUUUUGCUUUUUUGUGUUUUGUGUGCAUAGUUCAGAAAAGACAACCAGUUCAGUGAUAGCACAGCACGUACAGUUCAAUAACAACGACCACACAUCAGUUCAUUGAGCGUAGACUACAUGCAGCUGCGGGCAAAUAACUUCAUGUACGUGAGAUUUUUUAAUGUAAAUUUUUAGCAUUAAUAAAGUGGUAGGUUUCCGUAAAAUUCCGAAAAGAAGCCCCGGGGCUUAUAUUUUUCAAGGGCCCUUUUUGAGGGGCCUAUUUUUGAAGGGGCUUGUAUUCGGAGGGGCUUAUCUAUGGAGGGAAAUCAAUUGUGCUAGCCUUAGAGUUGGAAGGAAAUUUACUGUUUUUGCUUUGUUUUACUUUGUAUUUGGGGGAAUUUCCAAGUACAAGCUCCGGGUGGGGGGGGGGCUUAUAUUUGAAGGGGCGAUUUAACGGAGGGUUUUUUGCGUUACGAGUUUGGGGGGCUUCUACAUGGAGGGGCUUAUUUUCGGAAUUUUACUGUAGUUAAGGCUAGCGAGGACACACUGUUAUUAAGUUCUAGUGAGCUCACUAAUAUAAACAGGAACAUAGACUGACGGCAAUAUAAAAGUUAAAUAGUCUGCUCAGAAGGUCCGUCAUUCUCAUCAGGGAGCACAUUGAGCAGACCUGCAAAGAGAGUCAGCGCUGGAAGGGAAAGCUAACUCGGUCCGAAAGAAAACUACAUAUUACUAAAUAACUCGGCAUGCAAAGCGCGUGCGUGGUGAGAAUGCAGAAAAAUAAAACGGUAAACGGUGAAGGAAUCCUUGUUAAAUAUAAGAGAAUAUACCAGUGAAAGGUCAUAGAAUUUUUUUAGAGUUAUAAUUUUAUACCACAGUUUUAAAGCCGAUCAAUUUUUCUAUUUUCUGAAGAAAAGCACUUGCUGUCUAAAAUCCUCGCGGUUUGUGUUGUAAAAAAGCAACAACUCUAGAAGUACUACGUUACUGAACAAAGUAAUUUGAGGUUGUCGUUGUCGUCGUCGCCAUCAUCAUCAUCAUCAUCAUCAUCAUCAAAAAAUUAAAGAUUGUUUAUAUUUGGUAAAAACAUGGCUGUGAACCUGUUCAUUGCACUGGUAGCACUGGAUAGCUGAAUAUAGUUGUAUAAGUUGUGGAUUUAAUAAGCUUUUGUGUGUAAUAAAUAAACGCCGAUGACGUCAUGAAUAGGCAUCUACUUAAGAUCAUUAGACGUUCUAAGUCGUGGCUAGUAUUAACCGAUUGACAAGUCUUAAGUUCUUUUAAGGAGGAUUAUGUGGAUUACCAGUGCCAUGCUUUUUCUCUAGAAAAAGUGAGAAACCCUCACGGCAGUAAUUAUAUCACUAAGGCUAGUGGGGCAGAGCAAAUGCAUGAAACAUAUAAUGGAAAUCAAUAAACCUAGUUAAGAACCCCAACUGUAAGGAGGCAAGCCAGCUGGCUAUUUUACAAGUGUGGCCGAGGAUUUGAACUUGGGAGUGCCCUGAACAAAAUUACAGUGUUUGUGCGGGGUUAAGUUACGCUCCUAAAAUGUGUAGGAAAUACCAAAUAAAAGUUAAUGAAACGUAUUCUACCUAGUAAGUGUCAUUAACUUUUAUUUGGUACUGCAGAGUAAGUUCCAAUGAUAUUUAUCUGAUAUUUCCUAUAAAUUCUAGCAGCCUAACUAAACCCCAUACAUACACUGUAAUUUAAUAGGAUUCGUACUGUAAUGAUAAAGAAAUCAACUGCAAAAACCGUGGACGAAAAUCCUGCUGGUUGUCAACGUUGUAGAAAAGAGAUCUAAUCUGCUAAAAUAUUAAGAACCAAAAAACGAGAAGUCCAGAGACCACUGCAAAGCUGAUCCAAGAGAGAAUGAGCUACUCUCUAGGCUGAUCUCAACAACGUGUAUUGCUUUUUCAUAACAACAUUUCGGCUGGCCAUAUCAGCCUUCUUCAGGGAUACAGAUGUUACUGAAGAAGGCUGGUAUGGCCAGCCAAGAUAUUGCUAUAAUGAGAAAGCAAUACACGUUGCUAUGAUCAGCUUUGCAGUAGUCUUUGGACUUCUCGCUUUUUUGAUUCGUAUUGUACUACUAUUACUGAGCCUGGGUUACCUGUGGUGCAACAGAAAUCAAGUAGGCAAGGUUUCUUAAUGGCCAAUUUUUUCAACAGUUAAAAUGUUCUCCAACAGGGGAAGAGAAAGUAAGUUGUCCCAGAGCGGCUCUAGAUAUCUUAAUAUAAACCCUGCUUUUGGCUAGUUGGAUAAUUUGUUAGACAUGCCAUAUCACAAAGUUGAAACCAGAUAUACAAAUUAAGAAACGUAUAACUCUAAGUGAAAAUACGACUACACUAAAGGCAGUAGAUUCUUUUAGAAUUUUAGUCCAUAUUAUUACAAUUUUGGUUCUCAUCUUUUUAUUGUUUUUCCUCCCUGCCCCUAUCCUCCUUUUCUCAUAGUACUCCCCAUAAACAAAUCCUAUGUUCACCCCGAAAAAAAAAAGGAUUACAUACAGAUUGCCAAAAAAUGAUGUUCUUCUUAUUAGGCAUGGCAGUGGAAAAAUGAUGUUUUCCUCCGGUGCUGUUUAUGAAGGUCAGUGGCAGUUCGACAAAAUGACUGGAUAUGGAACCUUGAAGCUCCCGGAUGGAACAAUCCAGCGUGGUACUCGUAAAGAAGGAUCCUUACAGGGCUGCGCUGUUUUCAGAUGGCCAGAUGGUGUGACAGAGUACCGCGAAUUUGGUGGCAGUGGUAAAGGCAGGUUUAUCAUUAUUAUUUUUUAAAAAAACGAACUAUCCUCAAAUGCCUAAUGAAUCAGUUUUAUCGGCAGUAGUGGUGGAGGUAGUCUGAGCAGCAAAAAUCAUGCAGUUACAAAAAUGCUUAAGCCCAAGUAAUGUACAUUGUCUUAGGUAUUUUUGCUAAUGGUUCGCGCCAUGUAAUGGAAUUCGGAUUCUGGAAUCCAGGAAAUUUUUGCUUGUGGAAUCCGAAAUUCUAGGCUUUGGAAUCCCGAACACAACUCAAGGAAUCUGGAAUCACUUACAGUAACGAGUGGAAUCCAGAAUCCAAGUUCCGCUGACGACGACUAGAAUAUAGUACAGCGUACCUGGAAUCCGGAAUCCACUGCGUAGAAUCCAAAAUCCAGGACCGUCUUGUAUUCCCUUAAAUGGGGCGAAAAUAGUUGAAAGUAGUGACCAUUACUGAAUAAAAUGACUGGAAGAAAAAAACCCUGUUAAUAUAAAUAGAGAAAAAGAAGUACAGAAGGCAAUAAGGCAGAGCUGUAAGCAGCAGAUUUUUGACCCAGCUAGUUAUGUAAUAAACUGCUCAAUUUUAUAACCCAACUGAGAUUGUCUUUAUAAUAAUUAUAGCUCAAUUGUCCCGUCGCCCAAUUGAAAAAGACGUUGCUGAUGAUCUGUUAGAAAAGAGUAUCAGUCGCCAGCAGCUACUUGACUUGCGUGAAUGUUUAACUGAGUUAAAAGAUGAGAAUCUCCGUCUUACAGAGAAGCUUAACGCACAGAAAGUGAUAAACGACGAGUUGGUCAGCAAAGUUCACACCUCUUUCUUCGAGAUUCGUGAAAGCUUUAAGGAACAGCGAGAACUGGAUAAUCAGACACUUGUAAAAGAGCUGAACAAAGCUUCGGAUGAAGUCAUAGCCAUACAAAAGGAACUGGACGAAGCCAGGGGCGCGCUGCUAUGCCUGAUAUGUUUUGAGCGACGGCGAGACUGCAUUAUUUUGCCUUGUUCUCAUCUGCUAUACUGCAGGCAGUGUGUGUCUGAACAUAAAAAGAAGGGUGGUUCACGCGGCUGCCCCGCCUGCCGUGGGCCUAUUAACUGUGAGCUUCAGUGUAACAUCAAUCAUCCGUGGUAAUCUUGAGCUUGAACGUAAUGCGCAAGGAAUAAAAAAGGACAUAUGGUAGUGUAAUUCGAGGCCUGUAAAAUAGAGGUAGUACAGUUAGCAAAGAGUAACUUCUUAACAUAUUUGUUUGUUUGCUAGCCUCUUUAAAUCCCUUAAGUCACAUGAAAAACUAUUCAAGAAAUAACAAAACGGGUGUCAAAAUGCUGACAUCGGAAAAGUACAUAGUUUUGGUCUCUUCCUGUUGGAAAAUUGCCACACUUCACUCUGUAGGUUUUCAGAGCAGACUCGUUUAAAUUAGUAAGACUUAAAAUAGUCCAAUAGUCCAAUAGUCCAAAUAGUCCAAUAUUAGACUUAAAAUAGUCCAAUAUUAGAUACUUUUACAAGAGACUCCUAGAAGGGGAAAAAAAAAGGAUACUCAGGGUGCUGUCCAAAAGUCAGAACUGGCCGGCCGGAACGGUAAUUUUGAAAAUAAUUUUUUCCAAGAGUUUUCGCUGAAACCAUCACUUUCGUUGAAGUCGUUAAGAAAAAAAGUUCUUCUCGUGACUCUGGCCGGCCUGAUAGUAAUGAUGGAAAGUUGAAUUCAGCUGAUCUGGCCGGCCGGUUCUAACAAAUAGUAAGCGCCCAUCAGCUUUUAAUUGAUGCCCAACUUUAAGUAGAUUAACCCACAAUUUUUAUGCCUUUCUCUUUCAUUCCCAAUCCGCUGAAACUAGACGAAUGACUAGGAGCACGAUAAUAACUCAUGAGCUUACUACAUUAACAGGUCAGAAUGUUUCAAGUGCGAUCUAAUUAACAUCCUAUCAACGUGCGGCAGGUCAGUUCUUCUUCCGUUGUCUUCUCUGCUUUAGUCGUUAUCAAAAUAACUGUUUUAAUAAUUUGACUUUUAUGAUAGUCACAGUUUAUCGUUGUAGAUUACAAAUGGAAAGAAAUUCAAACCAUUGUCACGAGCCAUGUCAAUUUGCCUUUCAUUUUCGCGACCUUCGACUGCUACGUCAAAUUUGGUAAGAAAUGGGAUUGAGAGGCUUUGCUAUUAAACAUUAUAUAGUUAUGCAAGAGUGCGUUCAUCAAGUAGGAAUUUUUAAAUCCCACUAUAUUUAAGGAUAUCUGUCCCUUCACACAGACUUUCAAUCAAGCUUAUUUUUUUUAGGAAAACUUUAAAAAAUAUAUGCAUACAUUAAUUACAUAAAAGUAGAAAAUGGACAGAUAUCAUGGCGCGACAAAAUUCCCGUCCGAAGGGAGAUCAAGCAAAGGCGUCUUUGAGCGACGCACGUCAACCGGAAGUGAGAUCUUUUUCAUUUUGAAUAAACUAACAGUACCAAAUUUGUAUUUCUUAGCCUCUUUCUCAUUAUAGAGACGAUUUGUCCAAAAAGUUGGGCAAAAAUUUAGCUUCAGACUUCCGGUUGACCUGCGUCACUUAAAAACGUCUUUAGAGGUUUGAGAUCCAACGACGCGAACGGCAAAAAGAACGUCAAAAAAACAACAAUAACUUUGCACGUGCAGCACACUUCUUUGAACAUUUCAUCGCUAUUUCUGCACGACUACUGUACAAAAUGAAAAUGCCUCGUUUUAUGGAGAACGUAAACAAGCAACGGUGAAAUUUUAUUUCUGUCUCUGAACUUAAAUAUUGUUCCUUGGGAUUCAACUAAAUGAGGGUUCGCAUACAUUUGACAAAGUAAGUGGGUGGAAAUAAUCGCGAUAAAGAGAAAUAACGCAAAUGCACUUUUUAAGAGACGUUCUCGUUGCCGUGUCGUCGUUGGAUCUUAAAGUCCCCUUUGCUUAAGUUCACUGCAGUAGCCAAGGGACGCAUCGGGCCAACCCAUUCUAACAGACGACUGAGUUACCUCACGGGCAGCAACAUUCGCUAAGACAAAGUAAAUGGUAGUGAAAAGGGGAGUUGGUGGGCCUGCAUGAUUGCUCCAGGGUAGUAAACUUCAGCAAAAAUUGUCCCGGUGGGCAAGAGAUUUUAUACAAGAAUUCCGCGUUGUGGGGAUGGAUAGUUUGUUCUAGUUUUAGUUUUAGUUUUAAAUUAGUUCUCCUUUGUCUUCUUUCCUUUAUUUAGAAAAUUGAGUGCGUAAAGUGGACAAAAAUUAACGUAAAUAGGUAGUAAUGCGGUGUAUAAAUAGGAACACAUAUGCUUUUGAUGUAAAGCAAUAAACGUAGCUGUUUAUAAUUUUUUUUUUUCAUUGAAAUUAUUGAGAGCGAUUUAACAUUUGUGUUUACGGCGGUUACUGCGAGAACGAUAUCCACGAACGUAUUCAGUCUAGAACUGUUUCAAAAACCGUUCUCGUUUGGACCAAGCCGUAGAUGCAGGAAGCGAGCGCGCUGACAUGUUGCGCGUGCACUAAAUUCACCAAUCAGCGAGGAGCAGUGACCCUAACUAGCAACAUUAUGACAUCAGUUUUUUAAAACGUUCUUUGUAUGUUAAGCGCGGUUGUGGCUCUAACGGAAUCUGCAAGGCAUAAAGUUUUAACUAUGUUAGGUGGCAGGUAACUCUCUUUUCAGCCGUCUCUUUGCUUUUUAUCGGUGCUGGGGCCCGUUUCUCGAAAGUCCCGAUAAUUAACGGGCCCGGUAAGCCGUGUCCGUUUAUAUUAAAGAUCGAGGUUUCAAAAGUUUUGCAUCUAGCAUGAUAGAACCAUCAGUUAGUGAAACAAAAUGGAGUAGUUUGCUUGCCAGGACCCGCGCUCUUAUUCUUUAUAUUUCGAUUUGAAUAUUUGAUUUCGGGCCCGAAAAGUUACCGGGACUUUCGAGAAACGGGCCCCUGGAUCCUUGCCCAUAGGCCGACUGACUGAGGUAAGAAAGAGACUUGAGCGUCCAUUCAAAGCCAUCUAAAUAAUACAGAGCAAAUGAUAUGACGCCAUGCUUUGCUUUUUAAAACAGACAAGUCCGAUACGGAACAUUGGCAAACGGAAAGUUCGUGAUUCGAGUGAGUUCGUUAUAUAAAAAAGGUAACUUCUUUUGUUUCUGUUGCCGAUUUUCCUUCCUGAACCAAUCUUUUAAGAAGCACCAAGAGCUGAAAAUUUUGAAACUUACGGUUGAAAAUGCGUCAGAGAUUCGUUAUAUUAUCCUUUUUUCGGUGGGGGAGUUGCACAACUUUUUAGUAAAAACCAUGCGAGAAAACUUUUAUUUUACUAUUUACAAACCACUCAAAAGUGAUCUCCUGUAAGAACAAUGAUUGAUUGAUUUACACACGUUCGUUAAAAUAGUUUAAUUCACUUUUGCCCCUAGAUUCAGCCGUUAAUAUUCCUGUUUCUCCAGCUACGAAGGAAAUCACAUUGAGAAAUGAUCAAACACAACUAGUGGUAACAUCCAAACUUACUGUAUCAGAGACAACAGAGCCGCCAACUCGAGAAAUGGUCUCAAAAAUCCAAGCGCCAAGGUGAUUCGGGCGUCUCUGCUGAAGACUCUUUAAAAGAUUUUCAACGCAAACUUUACGGCGAUGCCACACCUACUAAAAUUGCCGCUUCAAAUGUAAAACCUGUUUUGAAGAAUCCUGGAGACUUGAACACGGACAAAAACAUAAUUCCCGAAAGAAGCCUGCUUGAAAAUGCAGCUGAUUCCGAGUAUGAAUCUAAGAAUCAAAAUGAAAAGGCGAAGAAGACCACAGAGUACUCAGCAAACAAGGCUUCGGAGGUUCAACAUAAUAUUCCAUUGACCAGUGAGUUCACGUUAAAUACAAUGCCUUCACAAGAUAAGCGCUGAAUAAUUAUUCUCUCAGUGUCGUUAGCUUAAGUAUUAAGGACCUUAGACGAAACUACGACAGUAGGGACCUUAAGAUCCAGGACGGGAGAGAGGACGACGGCGCGCCAAAGGACGGUAAGGACUGGGCCUAGGUCCCCGUCUCACGCGAUGGAUAAAUGGUCGGCAUUAUAUUCUACCCACCAAAACCACAUCGAUCGAGAGGGACUGAGAUUGAAUUUUGAAUAACUUAAAAGUCGUAACCGAAGAAUCUCGGAAAAUGUACGGAUGAUAUGCACGAACAACCGAACAUCCGAAUACUAGAUCGGAGGUUCUAACCACUAAACCACCAGGGCUCUAGCGUUAGUGAAGUCGGAAUUCUACUAUACCAGCGGAGUGUACUACACUUCUGUACUGGGAGCUGAAAGAAAGAGAAAGGCUCGAGAAAGGCUGCGUCCAUUUCACAGUUGUGGGGGUGCACAAAAUAUAUCAGGGGGGUACAGUUUCAUGCAUAAUGACUGAGAUGUUAGUAAGAUGUUGGAAAUGAGCAAAGCAGCGAGAACGAAUCGCCAAGCUCGCUGGUAAGUGCUCGUUCUUUCUCACGCGGAGAAAAAUCAAGAACAACCUCUGGAAACAGGGUAGCUAGGUGUAAAUUACAGCGAGCUUUAUAUUCCCUCUCCCCUCUCCCCCCACUCUGCAAGAAGAGGAUUCUUUCCGGCAUGGAUUUUAUCGACUAUAUUGACUUUCAAAAUUAUUUAUGAUUGACUUCCAAAAUUCUAAAUUUGUAAGACUUAUUAAUGUACAUUCACAAUGGCGAUUUUCGCUGCCCCCAAUCAUAAUUACAAUCACAAGCAACGAACCUUGAAACACAGAAACACACAAAACGGAUCGAAAUCCACCAAUCACAAAUCACAAACCUUGACCUUUUGAACCCGUUAAAGGAAAGUUUUGUUUCCUAAGAGGUCCGUUAAGAUAAUUGACGGCAGCGAAAAACGCAAUCGUCAGUUGGCUUUUGAACUUCAGAAUUCGCAUGUUUGUGAAAAGCGCAGUAAUAGAUGAAUCUUAGAUACACACCAGUGUUCCCAAAAUCUUUGUCCACUUUGAAGCAGGAAAACUUGAUCGUCGAUCUCGUUUCAAACUCUGCGAUGAGUUUAUAAGCCUCUUGGACGGAAGAAACAUAUCCAGAAUUCUCAGCAAUUUCCUAUCGAAUGCGGGUUCGUAAAUUAAAAUUCCCGCCAUGAUGUUCCUGUUUAUUUCCCGGGAAUGAUGGGAUUAGGAAGGUCGCGAGUUCGAUUCUCGCCCGGGACACGAAAAUUUUCGUUGCCCCGGGCGAGCAUGGUUUCUCCUAAGUUCUUCCAAGUGAAAAUGUUCACUGGAAGUGUAAGUGUGCUGCUCACAAGUGCACAUUAAAAAAUAAUAAUAAUAAUGAUAAUAAAAAUAUUUAUAAUAAUAAUAAUAAUAAUAAUAAUAAUAAUAAUAAAAGUAAAAAAACAAAAUAUUUUGUAUGUGUAAACAAUAACAACUCAUAUAAAAACCAUGAUUAAAUUUUUCAUUGUGUCAAUGGUUAUUAUGCUUUAUCAGUAUGGUCUUAAAAAGUCCGUCAGUACUUUGCAUAAGCGUAACUAUGUGCCUAAAAAAAUUAAAACCCUUGCCUCUUUGGAGAUUUAAGAAUGGUUAUAGGUAAGGGCUCAUAUGUGCGGUAUGGACAGGUCGAGUGGUUUUGGUGGAUGUAGACUUCAACAUCCACCAAAACCACUAACAGUGUUCGGGGCUAGAUGUGUAUCACGUAGCCCCAUGAAAUAUCUGAAACAUGUUUUAAAACGUCAUGUACAAUAUUUGCCAAAAUACAGUUAUACUCGUUAUAUUCAUCCUUUGUUGGUAUAAUAAAUAAUAAUAAAGCUCAAAGCAAAAGAGUGUAAAAUGGGGUUGACAGGCCUACACGACUCCCCAGCGCGUGUUUAAAAUAGCCUUUCUAUAGUUUGGCUCUCACGAGUAUGUCUUUGAGCGACCGCCCUCUUUUAUAAGAUACGAGGGGCGGUUUUUUGUAGAUUUCGCUCAGUAAUGGUUGUUGUUCUAUUAAAUGCCAGUUUUUCAUGAGAAUUUGCUUUAGGUUUGGCACUGAUGGUUGGUAUUGUGUGACAAAAGGCAAGAUUCGUUGGUUUGUCUUUGGUUUCUGUUGAAGGGCUAGUUUCCUGUCUUUGAAGUUCACCUCUGAGAGGGUUGUGUUAAUAAGAUCCUCUGGGUAACCCCUCUGUAGCAGAUGCGCUUUGAAAUUUGUAAUUUUCUCUUCGAAUAUUAGUUCGGAAGAGUUUGUUCUGAGGAGUCGGAGGGCUUCCCCUUUAAUGAAGCCUUUUAUAACUCCUUGCGGGUGACAGGAAGCAAAAUGGGUAUACUGAAAUGUCUCAGUUGGUUUGAAAUGAGUACGCACAUCAAGGAUUGCGUCUCUUUCGAAUCUUUCCCCUUUGUAGAUGUAGGUGUCCAGGAAUGUUGUUUCCUUAUCGGAAAUUUCAGCCGUAAAUUUGAUCGUAGGGUGAUGAUUGUUUGCUUGUUCAAUGAAAUGUUUUAUUCUGGCUCUAUUUGUAGUCCAGAGCGAAAAGAUGUCGUCUAUGUAACGUUUCCAAACGAGCGGUUUGAAAAGGCUUCGGCUAAGGAUUUCCGUCUCUACCUUGUUCAUGAAUAUAUUAGAAAAGGUGACUGCCAUUUUCGUGCCCAUGGCCGUACCAUGUGUUUGAAGGUAGUUUUUUCCAUUAAACUGGAAAGAGUUUUCUUGGAGAAUUAGCCUGAGCGCUCGUUUUAGUAGUUGUGUAGGGAUAGGAGGUUCGUUUCUAUACUACCGACUUCGUCAAUUUCAUAGAAAAUACGAAAGUCCCAGUGGACGUCAUACUUGUUUCAAUGGACGUUACGAGCUUGUAUACAAAUAUACCGCAAGAGGAGGGAAUAGACACGGUAUGCAGAGCAUACGAAAUAUUCUAUAGAAACGAACCUCCUAUCCCUACACAACUACUAAAACGAGCGCUCAGGCUAAUUCUCCAAGAAAACUCUUUCCAGUUUAAUGGAAAAAACUACCUUCAAACACAUGGUACGGCCAUGGGCACGAAAAUGGCGGUCGCCUUUUCUAAUAUAUUCAUGAACAAGGUAGAGACGGAAAUCCUUAGCCGAAGCCUUUUCAAACCGCUCGUUUGGAAACGUUACAUAGACGACAUCUUCUCGCUCUGGACUACAAACAGAGCCAGAAUAGAACAUUUCAUUGAACAAGCAAACAAUCAUCACCCUACGAUCAAAUUUACGGCUGAAAUUUCCGAUAAGGAAACAACAUUCCUGGACACCUACAUCUACAAAGGGGAAAGAUUCGAAAAGAGACGCAAUCCUUGAUGUGCGUACUCAUUUCAAACCAACUGAGACAUUUCAGUAUACCCAUUUUGCUUCCUGUCACCCGCAAGGAGUUAAAAAAGGCUUCAUCAAAGGGGAAGCCCUCCGACUCCUCAGAACAAACUCUUCCGAACUAAUAUUCGAAGAGAAAAUUACAAAUUUCAAAGCGCAUCUGCUACAGAGGGGUUACCCAGAGGAUCUUAUUAACACAACCCUCUCAGAGGUGAACUUCAAAGACAGGAAACUAGCCCUUCAACAGAAACCAAAGACAAACCAACGAAUCUUGCCUUUUGUCACACAAUACCAACCAUCAGUGCCAAACCUAAAGCAAAUUCUCAUGAAAAACUGGCAUUUAAUAGAACAACAACCAUUACUGAGCGAAAUCUACAAAAAACCGCCCCUCGUAUCUUAUAAAAGAGGGCGGUCGCUCAAAGACAUACUCGUGAGAGCCAAACUAUAGAAAGGCUAUUUUAAACACGCGCUGGGGAGUCGUGUAGGCCUGUCAACCCCAUUUUACACGGAGGAGCUCAAUCUAGAAAAGAAUUUUCUUGGCACUGUUGUCCUCAAUUUGAUCUAGAAAUAUGGAGGGGCGGGGACCUCCCUAGAUCUACUGCUGGCCUCUUCCAGCCUGCCCAUGUUCACCUGCUAUCUUUUUACAUUUACUAGAAACUCUAGUAUCAAUUCAAAUUAUUUAUCCUAAAUAUUAGGAUUUUUGCAAAAUUAUUUAUAGUUGCUUUUUUGCACUUGUAUUUUGUUUUGUUUUUUUUUUCAAAUCCUAUGAGCCUCAUUUUCACCAAAACUCUCUGCCUUCCAUACCCUAUUCCACACUGAACUUUCUGACAACAGUCCUCAGCCAAGUGGUACCAUCAUGGUGUUGAAAAGUGUGGAAAUGGAUCCUGUUGAUCCUGGGAUGAAUUAUUUUUCUUUUCCUUCCCCCUUCCUCCACUCAAGGGGGGAGGGGGGGGGGGAAGAUGUUUUCCUUCCCCUCCCUGUAACCUUUUAACUAUUUCCUUGAUUGCCUUCUGAGCUCCUGAUGAGACAAGACCUUCAGCAUUAAGCUGGUUAUGGGCUAUUUUUUGUUUUUCACUCAGUAUGGUGAGCUUAUCAUAAAUUUAAAAUGGAAUAAAAAUGAUCAUGCAGUUAUAUCCAUGUUGCAGCUGUAACAGGAGGAGGAGUUGGCGAUCCGUUGUUGCAGUCAAAUGCUUGUGAGGAACAGAGAAACCAGUUGGAGAAAGAAAGGAAGAAAUGAAGAAAAUUGGAGAAGGCUUCAAGAGAAAUAGGAAAUAAAAUGAAAAAAAAAAAGAAAGAAAGAAAAAAGAAAACAGGAAAAAAAAAAAAUUUUCAUUGAGGCCAAGCAGUUGGCUGCUCAGUUGCAUGUCUGGGUAGCUUGACCAUUUGGUUAAUAAAAUUCUCAAAACCACAAACAAACCACUCUAAGACUUUGAUAAAAUGUGUAAAAAAAAUUGUUUAUUACUUUAUAAAAAUAAAGUUGUUUGUUUACAAUUCUACACCCAUUUUUUCAUUUCUUCCUUUUCUCGUAAUUCUUUCCUCUGUUUUACUUUCCUCUUACUCUUUCUCCACUUCCACAAUGUGCUUUUAUGUACCCUCUAUACCUGGGGUGGAAAGUCACCUGAAAAUUUGAAAUUAGCCAUGCAUUAAAUAAAGCUUCCAUUAUAAUCAUUCUUUCAGGAAAUAAAGUUGCUACUUUGGCGGUAAUUCUAAAAAGCACUGUGUUCCACGAUACAGUGCCUUGAUUCAGCAAAGAAGCCUUGGCCCUUCUGUUUUAAAAGUUAAAGAUUUUCUUUUGGUAGCAGAGAAAGGCCCCCAGUUCAGUGCAUUACAAAUAAUUAUCACCUACAAACUUAUCUAUCAUCUAAAUUAAAAAGGAACAACCAAAUCAUUUCCUUGUGGUACCUGCCUUAUAACAAAAUGAAUAACUAAAAUACUGAUAAAUAAAUAAUAAUUAUUGAAGUAGGGUAUAUCCAGGCCGUUUUAGCUUAACAAAACAAAAACACAAGGUAAGUCAUUCUCAUUUCUAUUUUUGUCAAAAAAUGGAAUUUAGGAUGUAUUUUGUUUAUUGUCAUACAUUCUCUUAUAAAUUCAAAGUCCAACAAACUCCUUCAGAGUUUGGGCUACCUGUGGAUGGGGCAACAUUUCAUGACAGGAUGGACAAUAAAGGGGCUGCAUUUUCAACACCUUCAAUGUGACUGGAAAUUACAAAGGUUCACACAGCAGAUUCAGGAAUACAAAAUGACUAACUUGGAAUCACAUAGUUUACAUUUGCCAAAAGUAGCUAACAUUGGGCCUUUUGGUCAUAGAAAAGACUGUAAAAGGAUUUGGGUUCUGGUUAGCUAAUUGUGCCAGAUACCCAGCGUACCAAAAGGUUGACCCGAGUAUCCCACAGGUUGAGAGGGUCACUUUGGUUUUUAUAAUCUCAUGAAGUACCCAUUCUUCUCACACUAAACUAAACAGCAACUUACCACUUAAAAGUGAAAAAAAAUCAACCAUGAUAUAUAAGAAAACAGAAAUAGUUUAUGUUGAGCCAUAAAUUCAACAACUGUCUGCUAUCCCUGGGGAGGCGGGGGACUCCCUUAUAUGGCCUCCAUGGGGAUGUGCCGCUGGACAGGGUAUGGUUUUCGUCCUCUCUGUCCUGAACAGGGUAUAUAGUUUGGCACAAGUCUGUCCUAAACAGGGUAUCCAAUUUCCCGCAAGUCUGUCCUAAACAGUGUGCAUGAUUUGUGCGAGUCUGUUCUAAUUAUAAACAGGGUGUUUCAUGCAUGAUCGAUUUCGUCUUAGUGCAAAUGUUUGCAGAUAUUUAGUACGUCAUCACCCAAAGCAUGUGCUGGAAUAAAUAAAAAUGUUAUUGUUCUUGGCACCCUUGUCUACAUAAGAUAAGUACGAGUUGAGAGGUGUGCUUGAUAACCUUGUCCCCAUCUAAGGGAGUUGUCCUAUCUGGGUACUAAGAUGAGGGUGUUAUCCUAAACAGGGUAUGGGUUUCAAACCCUCAGCGGCUCACCUACAUCCAAAUAUUGGUCUAAUACCCCUCCCACCCCCCCUCCCCCUACACCGGGCUGCUAUAAGCAAGCUUCGAAUUACCUGAGCCAUAAUUACACAAUGGUUUUGACUGUGUUUGUACCCUCUUUGUAAACGUAACAAUCAUGUUUGUAUUGGGAAGUUCAGUAAUAAUAAUCCUGAUGGCCAAAACUUCCAUAUUUUGGCCAUUCUUAUUCUGAAGUAUCCACCUUACUCUGAGCUAUCCAAACAGAUACUUUGCUAUGAAUAAGCUUUACACGGCAGUCGCGGUAGUGGUACUGUAAUUAAACAGACAUUGUUUACUCCUUGCACUAAAUUCUUACAAAGAACGUGAAAAACAACUAACCUCUAUGUAUACUUAUCUCGAGAGUCGGAGCAAUUUGCCGAAAAAUAAUUUUAUUCAGUUCCAGUCUCCGAGCGGAUACCUGAUUUUGGAGUAUCCAUUCUAGUCACGACCGUUACUGUUAUACCCAGGAGGAAUCCAAAACUAAGGUUAUACAGUGUCCUGUAAAAGACGCUAUCGGUGGGGGUGGGGGGUGGGGGUGCUAUACAGCUAAGUCCAAGGAGCAGCUGCUCACUCUCCCCACCCAUGAAGCUUAUGACCAGGCAAUCACUUCCCCCAAGCUCUGCUAUAGUAGUGUUGUGAUUAUGAAUCACCGCAUUGAUUUGGCUGGCCUAGCCCACAGGGAAAAUUCUCUGACUUUGCACUGCUUUCUGACAUGAAACUUCUAAUCAAAGUGACAAAAUCUCCCCUCCCUACCCCCCCCCCUGGUUUUCACGCAAAACAAGUCAGCCACCCACUCACGGAUAGGUCUGGGCCUGGGCUCUCUGCUGACACCUAGCAAGACGCCAAGCCCCAUGGUUUUUUUCCGGCUACACUGGCAAUGCCCGUGUUCAAGCGAAAACUUAGCGGGCGCCCUUUUAGCAAAAUCACACAGCAAUAUAUUACAGCUAUACACCAUGGAAAGCCUCUUCUUAAGGUGGAGUGACCGUUAAAUAAUUUAUACUUGUCAAUAAAACGGUGAACUGUUUGUUUUCCCAAACAAGACACGGUCAUGGCCAGAUGACGUUCUCCUCCGAUGCUGUGUAUGAAGGUCAGUGGCUUUUUGACAAAAUGACAGGAUAUGGUACCUUAAAGCUCCCGGAUGGAACCAUUCAGGAAGGGACUUGGAAGGAAGGUUCCUUGCAGGGCUGCGCUCUUUUCACCUGGCCACAUGGUGUCACUGAGUACCGGGAGUAUGAUACAAUCCGAGGUAGGGAAACGCAAUUAAAAGGGAUAUAUUUUUUGCGUCGAACGCGAUUGUAACCGAUCCAUUGGUCAGGCUUAAAAAAGAACUGCAAACGUGGCACACUAAUUUACGUUCCUCUUCUCUUUGGCUGAUCAAUAAAUUAAGAACCCCGUAACAAUUUCCCUUGGUCUUGUCGAGGACGUGUUCGCCUAUAUAAGCUAGUAAUCCACAGUCGAAUUUGAAGUUCACGGCUCUUACAGGAUAGGUAAGAUCGUUGUCAACGGGAAAAACUUUAUUUUUGCUCGUGUGUCUUGAUCACUUUAAUCAUUAUAAAUAGGUAGAAAGAAAGAACAGACGCAUGAAGCAACUAAUUGAGGCAAGCGAUUGAAGUAACUUAAGAGUUUUCUAAUCAGUCUCCAGCUUUCGAAUUUUGUUUAAUGCAAGGAUAUCAUGACUAGAUAGGGAGGCGUUUCUUUUACAUCAUUGAUGGUCCUCAUCUAAUAACAGCCGAGUCAUUUGAUGGUAUCCAGGAAACGCAGAAGGAAGGCGGCGGCAUUCGCUAUAUAAGGGAGCUUAAGCAACGACGACGACAACAGCAGUGAAAACGUCGCUAAAAAGAUCAAUCUGCGUCCUUUCAAACUUUUUUGGACCCACUCAAUUUGUCAAAUGUAGGCGGUUUUUCCUGGAGGGACUUAAGGUUUUUCCUUAGGGACUUUAUCCGGGUUUAAUGAGAGAGGAAAAUUGACGUCGUAUGUUCACGUCCUGCAUCAACGUCGCAUUAGACGGUUUCACGUCGUAGCCGUGCAGUGGACGUUAAGGAAAUGUACUAAAAAGCGUGAUGCACGUGCAAAGCAGUUGUUUUGCUCAUAAACCCAAUUGGUUUUAUACGUUGUUGUUGUCGUCGUCGUCGUAGUUACCUAAGCUCCCCACUGAAUCCGCUGUGUUUUCAACAGGUCAGCUGUCUUCCUGUAAAAUUGAAAAAGAAGCCGCUGAAAAGCUGUCACAGACGAGCUCUCUUCGCUCUCAACUCCUCAAGUUAAGGGAACAGGUUUCCAAGCUAAAAGAAGAGAGGAGUUCGCACUUAGAACUACUGAACACGCAGAAAACAGAUCAAGCUGAGGCAAAACGUGAAAUAAUGUCCAGCCUUGCCAAGUUAAAAGCAAAUUUUACCACGCAACGAAAUAAGGACUAUCAGCAACAACGAGAUGAAUAUGAGCAAAAGCUGAAAAAAGCAACUGAAUCUGAAUCAAAGAGCGCUGAAAGGAUACGGGAGUUAGAAAAGCUAUUAGAGGAAUCGUCAAAUGCACAGCUGUGUCAGAUUUGUUUUGAACACCCACGUGACUGUAUCAUUAUGCCUUGUACUCAUUUGCUUUACUGCAGAGCUUGUGUGGCUGAGCAUAAAAGGAGCGGGGCUAACCGCUGUCCUACCUGCCGUGGACCUAUUUCUGGCGAAAUCUUAUGUAAUGUAAAUCAUUCAUCUUGA